GAUGAAUCAGCAAGUAGUUUUGUCUGUAUUUGCACAUUCCCUUCCAUUUCCUUUGUUCAGUGUGAGUCUAAACUUUCUACCACUUAUCAGCUGAGCAGAGGUCACUGGGGGUUGUUUCUUGUUUUUAAUCAGCGCUUAUCGAAAACUUUGUUUAUUCGUGAUUUUGGUUUCGGUGGCAGCAGUUCGAUAGUGAACAAAGAUGCUGCUCAGGUUUAUUGUUUUUUCGUUGUUGGUAGUGUGGGUAUGUGGUGACUGUUCUGUAACUGCUGCACCCGUCUGGAGCAACACGCACACUGUGAAAGGAAUUCUUUACAUUCCUUAUGCAGAAAUCGAAGAACCUUUCUAUGCAUGGUACGAUGGCCCUUCCAAACAAUCUCGCAUCGACUACUAUGGUGACAUGGUCAAAACUUAUCAGCUCUCCACCACCGGCUCCUACGGCACGAGCCUCAAGAUCGCCCCUGUGACCACUGAAGCCGAGAAGAACGCGAAAACCUGCCUCCAGGUCAAUGGAACCCAGGACUACCAUAUCAAGCCCCAAAUCAUCCUGCCUGACUUGACCAACUUCGAAUGCACAGGAGAGGAAACCAUCAGAGGUAUUUUGACUGAAACGUGGGGGCUCACUGAGACCAUUGGCCAGAAAGUCAACAAGUACAGGAUGUGGCUGUACUACAAGGACAACCCUGAUAAUGAAGACAUCAAGAUCGCCAUUCCCGUGCGGUACGAGAUGCGGGGGUUCAAUUCUUUGUUGGGGAGCCACUACGACCACUAUUAUUUAGAGUAUGAGGAUUUCGAUUCUGACCCCAUUCCAGCCGACACAUUUAAGAUUGACCCAAAUAUGACAUGUAGCGCCUUCCCCGGCCCUGGAGACAAGCACAUCUACACCUUCAACCCCAUGGCUGAGUUCGUCCGGCCGGAAAAAACCACCCAUGUAGAUUUCGAAUUUGACAAAUUUACUCACAAACAUCGCAGACGGUACAGGAAUGAAACUGAACUGGCUGCAAGGAAAGAAAUAUUCAGACAAAACGUGAGAUUAAUUCAUGCAGUGAAUAGGCAGAAUCGAGGAUACACUUUGGCCGUGAAUCACCUAGCUGACAAAAACCCAGCUGAAUUGAAGGCUUUAAGGGGGCGCACCUACUCUGGAGGCUACAAUGGUGGCGCUCCGUUCCCUUACAAGAACAUAAAGAAGGGCAAUUUGCCUGAUCAGUGGGAUUGGAGAUUGUAUGGGGCUGUCACUCCUGUAAAAGAUCAAUCGGUUUGCGGAUCCUGCUGGAGUUUCGGCACCGUGGGGACGAUAGAGGGCGCUCUGUUCCUACACAAUGGGGGAAAACUUCAGCGGUUGUCUCAACAGGCUUUAAUUGAUUGCUCCUGGGGUUUUGGUAAUAAUGGUUGUGAUGGUGGUGAAGAUUUCCGUUCAUACCAGUGGAUGUUGAAACAUGGUGGUAUCCCAACAGAGGAGGAUUAUGGACCAUAUUUGGGACAGGAUGGCUAUUGCCACGCAGAUAAAGUUCCAAAAGUUGCAAAAAUAACAGGUUACGUUAACGUAACAACAAAUGAUGAGAAUGCUCUGAGAUUGGCCAUUUUUAAGCAAGGCCCCAUCAGCGUAGCUAUUGAUGCUAGUCAGCGCACCUUCAGUUUUUACUCAAAUGGAGUGUACUAUGAACCCAAAUGCGGGAAUAAAGUCGACGAAUUAGACCACGCCGUGUUGGCGGUGGGCUAUGGGACAAUUAACGGUGCCAAUUAUUGGUUGGUCAAGAACAGUUGGUCCAAUUAUUGGGGCAACGACGGGUACGUUCUAAUGUCAUCGAAAAAUAAUAAUUGUGGAGUCAUGACGACCCCAACGUACGUAACAAUGUAAUUGUGAUUAUUUUAAGUUCCUUGUACGUGUUUGAAUAAAAGUUGCUUCCAGAUCCA